UAAGACCAGCCACCUGUUGGUACAAUCGAUCACAAUCCACCAACGCCAUGAAUAAUAUCUUCCGCUUUCUUUUGCUUAUCGGUACUAUCUCUGUUGCCCAAGCAUUCUCAGGAUUUCCAAAGAUCGCCAUCCGAACUUUGUCGACCGCAAUUGCCGCCAGCUCCGAUAGCAUGACCGACGCCGCCAUCCAAGAAGUCGAAGCCGGGGACAUGAUCCCAUCCGUGGUCCUCCAAGAAGGUCUCCCAGAUUUCGGAGGAAAGAACGACAUCGAUAUCUCCGAACUGAUCGCUGGAAAGAAGGUGGUUAUUUUCGGGGUUCCGGGCGCCUUCACUCCCGGAUGUUCCAAGUCUCACCUACCAAGUUUCAUCACCGCCAAAGAUGAGCUCAAGGAGAAGGGUGUUGACAUGGUCAUUUGCAUCGCCACCAACGAUUUAUUUGUCAUGGAAGCCUGGGGAAACACCUCCGGUGGAGCCGAGGCCGGCAUCAGGUUUUUGAGCGACGGAUCCGGUGAGUUAACCAAGGCGCUCGGUCUCACCAUGGAAACACCCAUGAUGCCGCGCACCAAGCGAUUCUCCUUGAUCGCAGAGGACGGAGUUGUUACGGAAUACUUCUCUUCGGCCGAGGAAGCCUCGAACACUUGGGCACCCGCUGUUCUUGCAAAACUUUAAACGCAACGUUCUGACGUAGAUUAAUUUCGAAAAAUCAAUCAUCAUCACGGCA